AAUCACGUGAGCCGGGUCCAAGAUGGCGGCGGGGGUGGCCGGGUGGGGGGUUGAAGCAGAAGAGUUCGAGGAUGCACCUGAUGUGGAGCCGCUGGAACCCACGCUUAGCAAUAUCAUCGAGCAGCGUAGCCUUAAGUGGAUCUUCGUCGGGGGCAAGGGUGGCGUUGGUAAGACCACCUGCAGCUGCAGCCUGGCAGUCCAGCUGUCGAAGGGACGUGAGAGUGUUCUGAUCAUUUCCACAGACCCAGCUCACAACAUCUCAGAUGCUUUUGACCAGAAGUUCUCCAAGGUGCCUACCAAGGUCAAAGGCUAUGACAACCUCUUUGCUAUGGUUAAACCACUGAUGGGACAGACCCGGGAUCCUAUGUGGUUGGAGCCCUACAUGGGCUUCCUCUGGCCUGCACCUAGGAGUUGAGGCCCCCUCUGGGAGUCCGUCAUCGCAGCAGCCUGAGUCUGGUCCCCUCGGCCCCCAGGAGAUAGACCCCAGCCUGGGCGUUGCAGAGCUCCCCGACGAGUUCUUCGAGGAAGACAACAUGCUGAGCAUGGGCAAGAAGAUGAUGCAGGAGGCCAUGAGCGCCUUCCCUGGCAUCGAUGAAGCCAUGAGUUAUGCUGAGGUCAUGAGGCUGGUGAAAGGCAUGAACUUCUCAGUGGUAGUGUUCGACACAGCACCCACCGGCCAUACACUCAGGCUCCUGAACUUCCCGACCAUCGUGGAGAGGGGCCUGGGCCGCCUGAUGCAGAUCAAGAACCAGAUCAGCCCCUUCAUCUCACAGAUGUGCAACAUGCUGGGCCUGGGGGACAUGAAUGCUGACCAACUGGCCUCCAAGCUAGAAGAGACGUUGCCUGUCAUCCGAUCUGUUAGCGAACAGUUCAAGGACCCUGAACAGACAACGUUCAUCUGUGUGUGCAUCGCCGAAUUCUUGUCCUUGUACGAGACGGAGCGGCUGAUCCAGGAGCUGGCUAAGUGCAAGAUCGACACCCACAACAUCAUCGUCAACCAGCUUGUCUUCCCUGACCCUGAGAAACCCUGCAAGAUGUGUGAGGCCCGACACAAGAUCCAGGCCAAGUACCUGGACCAGAUGGAAGACCUAUAUGAAGACUUUCACAUUGUAAAGCUGCCACUGUUACCUCACGAGGUUCGGGGAGCCGACAAAGUCAACACCUUCUCUGCCCUCCUCCUGGAGCCCUACAAGCCCCCCAGCACCCAGUAGCCACCCCCAUCCCUGCUGCUGCCUUCAUACCCUCCUCUUUCCCCAUGGGGCAGAGUUUGCACAAAGUCCCCCAUAAUGCAGGGGGCCACUUAGGAGGUGGGAGGGGGUCUGUUCCCCCUGGUGGGGCCUGGGGAGGCUGCAAUGCCCCCCACCUCUUCCUGCCUCACACUCCUCAAUAAAAUAAUCUUACACAGC